AUGGAACUCAUGGAACUCGUCGAGAACGAGCCUACUGCUCGCCCCUUCCAGUGCGACUGGCAGUCGUGCAACAAGAGCUUCAACAGGAAGUCGGACUUGCAGAGACACUACCGCAUUCACACCAACGAACGUCCCUACUCCUGCACGACGCCCGGCUGUGGCAAGAGCUUCAUCCAGCGGAGUGCUCUCACUGUCCACAUCCGCACCCACACUGGAGAGAAGCCUCACCAAUGCCAACAUAUCGGCUGCGGCAAGCGUUUCUCUGAUUCUUCGAGUUUGGCCAGACACCGUCGUAUCCAUACUGGCAAGCGGCCGUAUAAGUGCGCACACGAUGGUUGCCUGAAGAGCUUCUGCCGCAAGACCACCAUGGUCAAGCACCAAAGGAGAUCCCACCAGCGCGGCCUCCACCCCAACGAGCUCAUGGACGAUUGCACCUCGGAUUCCGACAGCGGCGAGUCACCUUCGACCCCCAAGCAUGUCGGUAUGCAAUGGCCUCCCCAAGGCGUCAUGCCCAUGAACCACGCUGGCAUGGCUCACGGUCACGCCAUGCACCGCGCCGCCUCUUUCAACGACUUCGGCCAGCAGAUGAACGGGUACCCGAUGCAGCAACAACCGCAGUAUGGCGCUCACCGCCACAGCUUGUCAUCGGGCGGUGCCCACGAGUUCCACGGCCACCCAGUCCACGAGCAGCAACACCCGGGUGUCAUGCUACACCGAACCGCGAGCAUGCCGCAGCACUCGUACUACGUGACCGAGCAAAGCAACCCUGGGGUUGCCACGAUGAACACGAACCCCAUGCCGAACCAGUACGGCCAAGUGCCUCGACAGCAGUCACAGGUUGAGAUCCCGUACCCUGCGGCUAGCAUGAACCAAUCCAUUCAAAGCAGCCCCAGUAGCUUCUCAGCAGCAUCUGCCACGUACGCAUUGCAUAAUGCCUCCCCCGUUAUCGAGCAGCAGCAGCAGCCGGGCAUGGUCCCUUACGCGCACCAAAUGCAGCAGCAGAUUCACACUCCCCAACCGAUCCCAACGCAGGCACCCGCGCCUCCGCCUCAGCAGCAGGUUCCGUCUCAGUACGCCUCUCCGACACCCCAGGCUCAACCCGAAGAGUACUGGAACAGCGUCCCGUACCAGGCACCUGUCGAGGUCGCCACCAUCGGCCAGCUCCCGACCUACGGCUCCGGCGUUUACGACCCAUGGGGAGGACCCAAGAUCGAGUUCGAGGACCCGUCGAUGCAGCUUCCCUCCGCGCGGAUCGAGAACAUGUAG